AUGUCGCGGCUGUCGGCGAACAGUGUCAGAGGGAACACCAAAUAGAACAAAAGCCGGUGGGACAUUGUAACCAGUCAAACCAGAUCAAUACAAGAUUCAGAGCCGUUUGAAAAGAAAACAGCGACAGAUUGCAGCCAUGUGGUGGUCACUUUGGAGUGUUGUCUGAAAGAUAUAGCUUUGCCGAAUUAAUUCCUGCAUCAUUUAAUCAGAAUGUAUAUUCCAAUAGAAAGUUCAGCAAAAAAUAUACUUUUCGACAUGACCGUGUUUCAGACAAAACGCGACUGUUUCCAUUUGACUUUUAUACUGAUCAACUCGGACGCAAAUUGACCAGAGGCUGGAAGAAGAGCGAUGGCAUCGGUGGACUGCCCAAUGUUUCGCAGCAAUGCCAGCUUCGUCUGCAAUACCAGCCAGCAAAACUUUUGGGGAGGACGCCUGGUUUCCCUCCCUUACUCGCCUCGAAGCACCGCGGCUAUUGCCACUGCCAUCAGCUUUAUCAUCAUGUUCACAAUCAUUGGGAACAUACUGGUCAUCAUCGCUGUCCUGACCAGCAGAUCGCUGCAAGCCCCCCAGAAUCUCUUCCUGGUCUCUCUGGCCGCUGCGGAUAUCCUGGUGGCCACUUUGGUCAUGCCCUUUUCUUUGGCCAACGAAUUGAUGGGUUACUGGUACUUCAAGAAGAUUUGGUGCGAAAUUUAUCUGGCGCUGGAUGUCCUGUUUUGCACUUCCUCGAUUGUCCACCUCUGCGCGAUAAGCCUGGACAGAUAUUGGUCAGUCACCCAAGCCAUCCAAUAUAAUUCCAAGCGAACUCCUCGGAGAAUCCGCUGUGUGAUUCUGACAGUAUGGCUGAUUGCUGCAGUUAUUUCCUUUCCGCCUCUCAUCUCCAUGAACAAAAACCUCGGCGAAGACGAGAUCCCUGUGUGUCGUUUGAAUGACGAGAAAUGGUACAUCCUGUCUUCAUGUAUCGGAUCUUUCUUCGCUCCGUGUGUCAUCAUGAUUCUGGUUUACAUCAGGAUUUACCAGGUGGCCAAACAGAGGACGAGGCAGCCUCUCGGCAGCAGAAAGCCGGAGCUGGUCAACGCCAACAGCUCCAAGGAACAAGGUGCAUCCUUCCGUCCCAGUUGGCAGGAGGAGAGCAAACCCAAGGACGAGGAGAAACCGGGGAAUUCUCCGUCCCGGGGCCACGAAGGACUUUCCAGACAACAGAAGGCGCAUAGAAGGGAUGGUUACCUCUGCUCCACCAACCCACUCCGUCAGGAUGAGAGCAACUCGACUUCCCAAAGGGAAGGAGAGCACUCCAUGAGGCGAGCGAAACCUCGGACACCAAGUACAAUCAGGAGGAAAGCCAUCCAGAACCGGGAGAAACGCUUCACUUUUGUUCUAUCUGUUGUGAUUGGUGGCUUUGUUGUCUGCUGGUUCCCGUUUUUCUUCUCCUACAGUCUGACUGCCAUCUGUCCAGCCACAUGCUCUGUGCCCUCUACCAUCUUCAAAUUCUUCUUCUGGAUCGGUUAUUGCAACAGUUCCCUUAACCCGGUGAUAUACACCAUCUUCAACCAGGAUUUCCGAAUGGCUUUUAAAAAGAUCCUUUGUCGAGAACAGAGAAGAUCCGUUUACAUCGUCUAGUCCGCAGGUUUCAGACCAGCCGGUUGGUGCCCGAACAGCGAGAAGUUUAUUUCAAACUAAAUAAAAGUUUUGCAAAUAAAUGGCAUGUGACUGUACCAAUGUCUCAUCACGGCCUGAUGCUGUAUUGAAACAAGGAAACAAAUGGGCUGCUGUUGAAAGGAAAUGCUCCAAAAUGAAAUGGUUGUGUUUGGUUCAGUAUCAAGUCUGGAACAAGAUCAAUGGGGAACGUCAAGUCCUGUCGGUUCUCAGGAGAACCAACCCCUUGUACAAUUAGAGUGUGGUUCACUUCGGAAAUUCGGCUCGCUCUCGCUUUUUCAGAUCGGUACAAAGAGAAAAUGCUUUUUCGCCAUUAGCUAUUCAAUGGCCGCUGGAAACCCGUCUUUUCUCUUAGAUUUUUCGCGCCUUGUUAAAUAUCUAUACCCUUUGUAAAGAUGCUGCCGACAUGUGGUAAAGUGCAGAGACCUGC